AUGUCCAACCCCUCAACAACUACGGCGCCCCUCGCCGCCGCGCCUCUUUCUCCUCCUCCUUUGUGGCUGGAGCGGGCGCUCACGCAGUCUGCCGACCUGGAAAAUACAAUCAACGCCGCCAAGGAAGGAGCGAACCUGCCCUCCGAUCGCGACGUGACGCGAGUCCGGCGCCGGCUUCGCCAACUGAUCAAGAGCUUUGAUGGCGUCCACGGGCAUAUCCGCCGCCACGGCAGGCAAGGUGCUGCUCUUGACGACAACGACGACAACGACGACGACCCCGACGACCCCGACGAGGCUGCCGAAUCCGCGCAGCAUGUGAGCGAUGACGUGCAUCCUCACACGACGGACCCUGCUGGUGCCGUCUCGCCGGCGCCUUCUUCUGCUACUGCUGACGGCGACACGGGGUCCGAGAGCCUCGCAUCGCCGGUGCAGGCUGCUGCUGUAAGUGUGCUUCCUUGGCUGUUGUAUUCUGGGACAUUCAUGGAGCAACACGGAUGGACGGACAACAGAGACGCUAUGAAAAGCCCACCAGCCUCCCCCGCCGUGAUGCCAGAGCCGACGCCGGCCCCUGCCGCCUGCCUCCCAGACAUAUACACCCUACCUAGGAUGCCGCCAACGUCGACGCAACCGGUCCCGUCAUCGCCAAGCGACGCCAUCAUCGAGCUCGUCCGACCCCAGUUCCCGCCCCAACUGGGCCACUCCCGAUACGAGGCUGUGGUGCCGCCAACGAGCUUCCGCCGCGCUGCCCACGCCGCACUGCUGUCCAGCAGGUACCCGCCGCACAUGAACCCGCGCAGCAUUCCAUGGGCGAGAUGCACUAUCGGCCGCGUGCCGCCUGUUCGGCCACCAUGUCAGGGCUGGCCAUGUCAGACGCUGCAUGGGCCUCCGCCAUUUCGUCCGCAGCAGCGCCCGCUGCAUGGUUAUUCGCCGCUGCCGCUGCCGCAGCUGCAGGUGUUUGUGACUCCACAGGCGUAUGCGCAGAAUCAGCGCUAUUGGCGGAUGUAG